AUGGAGGACCGAUCAAGAACUGGGUUGCACGAUUUCACUAGGGCUUCAAGAAAGGCUGAAGAAUCAGCCUGGAGGCGAUUCCAAGCUGUGGAGUGGCUUGAAAGCUUUGUGGGUCCACUUGGCAUUCCGAAUCAGCCUUCGGAGAAAGAGUUCAUUUCUUGCCUGAGAAAUGGUCUGAUACUAUGCACUGCCAUUAACAAGAUUCAACCCGGAUCGGUGCCCAGGGUGGUGGAGAGCCCGUUGCCGUUAGAAUCGCUGAGUAGGGAAUCUCAACCCUUGCCUGCUUAUCAGUACUUUGAGAAUGUCCGGAACUUUCUGGUUGCUGCUGAAGAGCUGAAGCUGCCCGCUUUUGAAGCUUCUGACCUUGAAAGGGAUACAUUGGAUGCAGGGUCAGUAGGGAGGGUUGUUGAUUGUAUUUUAGCUCUUAAAUCUUAUAACGAGUGGAAGCAGAUGGGCAGUGGGAAUGGAUGUUACAAACAUAUAAAAUCACCCUUAGUUAUUCAUUCUGCCAAUAGAAUGCAUUCAAGAACCCCAUCCAUGGUCUCCUCGCACUCUUGCAGGAACUUGGAUAUGUCUCCUGGACUGGAUAGACAGUCAUCAAUUGAGGGUGACAAACAGAAACCUGAAGUGGAUUCAAUAGAAUCUGUUAUCAAGUUACUUGUUGCCUCUAUGAAUGACAUAAAGGAAAACAUUGACGAUAACCUUCUUGCUUCCUACAAUAAUGGAGAUCUAGAUGCUGUUAGUGUCUUCAGAAGGAUAAUGACAAGUUGCCUAGAGGAACAUCUUCAAAAGAAGUUACCUGAGUUGGAGUGUACAUUAAAAGAAUCUUCCAAAGGAAGGAGCAGCUCACAUGCCCAUUCAACAUCUAUGCCUCUAGAGGAUAUAUCCGCUGCUGAAAAUUCAAGAUGCUGCAAGGCUUGUUUAAGAAAGGGUAAUUGCAACCACCGGCUUCUAUUUCAAAUGCAAGAGAAAGAACUUGUGGAUCUGAAGUCCUUGUGGGUAAGUGCAAAAAGGGAGUUCGAGGACUUACAAACCCAGCUACAUAGUGAUUUGAAAGACUUGGGGAAACAGGUACAAGAGCUGUCUACUGCUGCUCUUGGCUAUCAUAAGGUGGUGAAAGAGAAUAGGAAACUGUACAACAUGGUUCAGGAUCUAAAAGGUAAUAUUAGAGUCUACUGCAGGAUUAGGCCCUCUUUCAGCCGUGAAACAAAAAAUGUGAUAGAUUUCAUUGGAGAGGAUGGAUCACUUGUCAUCUUGGACCCCGUAAAGCCUGAAAAGGAUGGAAGGAAACCUUUUCAGUUCAACCGAGUGUUUGGUCCAGCUGCUACCCAAGAUGAGGUUUUCAAGGACACUCAACCGUUGAUAAGGUCUGUGAUGGAUGGCUACAAUGUAUGCAUAUUUGCUUAUGGUCAAACUGGAUCUGGCAAAACACAUACCAUGAGUGGUCCAUCAGGUGGGUCAACUAGCGACAUGGGGAUUAAUUAUCUAGCUCUCAAUGAUCUCUUCCAGCUGUCAAAAACAAGGAAGGAUAUCAUACAUUAUGAGAUUCAUGUUCAAAUGGUAGAAAUCUACAAUGAACAAGUACGAGAUCUCCUUGUGCAAGAUUCAUCUAAUGCCAAAUUAGAGAUCCGGAGCUGCCCUGGUGAUGAUGGCUUGAGUAUUCCAGAUGGUACAAUGCAUUCAGUAAAUUCAACCACUGAUGUUCUUAACCUCAUGAACUACGGUGAAGUAAAUCGAGUAGUCAGUUCUACUGCAAUCAAUAACCGAAGUAGCCGUUCCCAUAGUGUCCUUACUGUCCAUGUGAAUGGAAAAGAUACAACUGGAAGUACUUUCCACAGUUGCCUUCAUUUAGUUGACCUUGCAGGAAGUGAACGGGUGGACAAAUCUGAAGUGACAGGAGACAGACUUAAAGAGGCACAGUACAUCAACAAAUCUCUUUCUUGCUUAGGAGAUGUUAUAACAGCCUUGGCUCAAAAGAAUUCUCACAUCCCUUACAGAAACAGCAAACUCACUCUUCUGUUACAAGGCUCCUUAGGUGGACAUGCGAAAACGUUAAUGCUUGCUCAUGUGAGUCCAGAAGAAAAUUCUUUCAGUGAAACGGUUAGUACCUUGAAGUUUGCUCAGAGGGUUUCCACUGUGGAACUUGGUGCUGCUCGUGCAAACAAGGAGAGUGGUGAGGUUAUGCAACUCAAAGAACAGAUUGAGAGCCUUAAAAAGGCAUUAGCGAACAAGGAAGCUCAGGGAGUACAGUUCAACAAAACCUGGGACAAACUUGGAGCUGUGUCUGAGAGAACUCCUCAACGUAGUAGAAGAUUAAGCAUCGAAAGUUGCAGUACCACAAAGACUGAAAAAUCACGGAACCCUGAAGACAGAAAGGGAGCAAAAAGUCCUUUGCCUAUUCGUUUAAGAAGAUUGAGCUUGGAAGGCCCAAAAUCUGUUAAGAAGGAUUGUCUUCGGGUGUCACAUGAUGUGGAAAACUCCAACAUACCAUCAAAAGUUGUGGAGGAAUAUGAUCGACUCCAAGGUUCAGAAGCAGUUGCAAAGUCAGUUGGGCAUUUCAGCAUUCACAAGGCCACAUUGGAAGUGCAUCGUCCCAAAGCUACUUAUCAGAACCAAGUGUUAGAGUCUUAUAAUAGAAGGCAAGAUCCAUCUGUUCAGCUACCAAAAACACCUGAACCUCGUCCCAGGACUCUAAGUCCAACAAGUGUUACUUAUCAGAAGAGAGUGCCAGAAACAGAUGGUGGAAAAGAACUUCCUCUUGCUCAGCCACCAAGGACUCCUGAGUCUCGUCUCAGGGCCCCUCGAAGUCCAAGGAUGGCUACCUAUCAGAAGCCAGGGACACAAAUUCCUGUUCUGCGGAUUCCAUCAACACCUGAACCACCAAGAUGUGCCACCAGUGAGAUACAGAGUGUUACAGAAAGCAAGGCUGGCCUUUCGAUGGGUUUUGUUACACCUACUUUGACAAGUAGCACAACCAGAAAAGGAUCACAGAUAAGAAGAUCCUUGCGGACCAUUGGGAAACUGAUUAAUGGUUCUGAAAAGAGGAACCAACAACCUAUGAUGGAAGCACAUUCAACUACUAAAUUUGCAGCCAGUAUGAACGAAGACAAAUCAUCACAGAUUUCUAUUAGUGCAAGAACUCUGAGGCGGCAAUCCUUAACAGGUAUUCCCAUAUCAGGAUCUGACAGGUCUCGACGAUCCUCUCUAGGAGUGAAGCUAGAACACACUGGUGUAAGUGACAACAGAUCGAAAACACCUCCACCAGUCUGCUCGUCAACAAAAAAUAAUAAACGUUGGCUUUAGAUCAUGUGAAAGAUUGCAAAUGAGAAACUGCUGUUCUGCUUUGACUCAAAGCAUUUGUUGACAUUAGAAUACACCAACCUCAGGAAGCUUUCUCGACAGGUAAUGGUUAAAAGAUGCUUAGCAUUCUGCCUUGUUUGAAGAUGGCUGCUAACAAAAGAUCAAUCAUACUUGAUCUACCUGACUUCAGAUCACAUUCUUUUGGCUGCUGCUUCUUGCAUGUCUGAUCUAUCUGAUCGACUUUGCUCUCUGUAAUCGUAGUACUUAGUUCAGUUAGUUGUAUCCUUGAUUGUAUUAUCUGUUAAUAAAGUGCUUCGUUUUUCAAGUCCAAGCUACAUUGUUAUAUUUUUCUUUUCAGCAUUAUGCAUCUAGUAAGCAGAUCUUUAAAUGAA